AUGAAGUCCGCAGUACAUCUGUUCGUGGUGGUGGUGUUACUGGCUACGUCGCUUGCAGAAGAUUCAUAUUUCUUACUGGCACCAAAAACCAUCCGACCAGGUCAACCCUUAUCUGUAUUUGUUCGGAUACUGAACGCUACUGGACCAGUUGAAACAGAUAUACGUGUUUUAAAUUCCGAAAACGAAGAAAUUGCAGAAGUGUCGGACACCAUAUACCCUGGUAUACCUAAGGUCUUAGAAUUGCAGGACUCGGAAAAUAACAGAAUCAAGCAAUGGAUUGACUACAGUGAUCCACCUUCAAGUGUAUUUAAAGGCGAACUACAACUGAGCGAGGUUACCAACACAGGGGUCUGGAGAAUAUCCGUACAACAAUUGAGUACGAAACAAGAUAAGACAUUUGAAGUAAGAGAGUUUGUACUGCCGAGAUAUGAAGUAAACCUUAAAUUGCCUUCGUUCGGUGUGACAACUGAUGAUUUCUUUACCGGUAAAGUUUCAGCAACGUACACAUUCGGAAAGCCUGUCAAAGGAGAGCUCAUCGUGCUAUUGGAAAGGACAUUUACCAGCGACCACAAAAUUGAACUUCACUUCAAGGACCUACGUGUUACCCAGCAAGACGACACCUCUCUAUCCAAUACCACUGGGGAGGUCAACAUCACUAUAAGUUAUUAUGUACAACUGAAACCUCCGCCAAAUCCUCCAAGGACAGACGAACUAACACCAGUCAUUAAAAUCUUCCCUGAUCCGUUUCCUGAUCGCACGAUACGAAAAUAUCUACCCUCAAUUCUCAAAGAUGUCCCAAAAAAUGGAAUCGUUGAAUUUGACGUCACGAUUCCUUCAGAUGCUGCACCAGAUUCAAAUGUCAAUAUCAUGGCGAGUUACGGAUCUGCAUCAGCGUAUCUGUACCUGAGAAGAGCAAGGUCGCCAAGCAAUACGUAUUUACAAGUUCGAUUGAAAUCCAAAUCGUCAGGCCUCAAGGCUGGAAAACGGGCCAGAUUUGUAUUGAAGUCGACGGAGAAAAUGUCCUUAGUGGAUUUUCAGAUUUUAUCUAAAAACGUAUUGGUCGACUACGGCCACGUGGACGGGAACAGAAAGACUUCUAAAACUUUCAAUGUAAGGUUAACACAACUGAUGGCACCAAGAGCGACACUGUUGGUCUACUUCGUUCGGGAUGAUGGAGAAGUUGUCACCGACUCCAUCACCAUCAAUGUUGAAGGAAUAUUCCAAAAUGACGCGUCUCUAAGCUUCAGCAAGAAGAGGACAAAACCGAACACGAAAGUUAAGCUGAAUCUAAAGGCUGCAAAAGGGUCAGAAAUGCAUGUAUUAGCAAUAGACAAAAGGGUCCUUCUACUUAAGAAGGGAAACGACAUAACACAAAGUGAUGUUCAAAAUGAACUUCAACUUUUUGACGAUCAGCCAACUUUUCCGUUCAGAUUCUUUCGCUGGUUUCCUAUUCCCAAUGAUGGAACUGAUGCAUUUUCCGUUUUCCAGGUAAUUUCCAAAGAUAAUGGAAAAGCAACACUGUCUCGUAAAGUACCCGACAGUAUAACCACAUGGGUAGCAUCAAUGUUUGCAGUCGAUACUAACACAGGCCUUGGUGUAGCUCCGUCAACAGCAGAGAUCACAGUUUUUCUAAACGAGUUCAUCCAAAUUACGAUGCCACGUUCUGCCAUUAGAGGAGAAAUGAUUGUUGUCCAAGUAGAUUUCUUCAAUUAUGGCGACAAAGAUAUUGAAACAGUUAUCAUACUGAGGAAAACAAAGGAAUUCUUUUUCUCGGAUGCGGAUGGGAAGAGCUUUACUCCAAAAAAUCCUCAAUUUCCUGGAGCAUGGGCUAAGACGAUAACAGUAAAGUCUAAUGAUAUCGGAUCGGCAUUCUUCCCGAUUGUACCUCUUGUGAUUGGAGACAUGAACAUCACUGUGUUGGCAAAAGCAAAGAAGAAAAGAGGCACGAAAUUAAAAGCUAUCGAUGCGAUCAAAAGGCCUAUUAAAGUUAAAGCCGAAGGUGUUCGUCAAUCAUACAGCAUCCCGUCUUUGAAAGUCUUGAAAGGUGACACUGUGACAGAGUCGUUUAAUAUAACCUUCCCCGAAGAUCAUGUCCCUGGAUCAGAACAUAUAACGGUCUCCGCAAUAGGUGACAUUAUGGGUCCAUCUUUGGCUGGUAUCGAGGAUCUUCUACAGACGUCCUACGGUUGUGGAGAACAAAAUCUACUGAAUUUUGUACCCAAUGUAUUUGUCACAAAGUACCUCCGUGCCACCAAUCAGCUCACAUCGGAAAUCAAGACAAAAACUGAUAAGUUACUUACUGCUGGCUACCAGAGGGAAUUGAAAUUCAAACACACGGAUGGAUCGUUUAGUGCUUUUGGGGAUAGAGAUCCCAGUGGAAGCACGUGGUUAACAGCUUUUGUUUUAAAAGCAUUUGCUCAGGCGAAAAACGAGACGUCUAUUGAGCCUAAUGUGAUGAUUGCCGCCAUAGGCUUCCUUUUGAAACAACAAACUAAGGACGGGUCGUUUGAUGAACCUGGAAAUGUGAUUCACAAAGGAAUGCAGGGCGGAUCCAUUUCAUCUUCUAGGGCACGUACUGCAUUUGUGCUAAUAGCGCUAGCAGAGGCCAAAAGAAUGGGUUUUGUAAAUGCAGAUAUUUCAGAACAAGUCGAUGCAGCCAUUGAAAGUUCAAUCACCUUUAUUACAAAUGGAGGUAUUGAAAGUUUUAUCAACACGUAUGAGCUGGGAAUCGCCAUCUAUGCUUUGACAUUGGUUAAGAGAGAUUUGUCGAUACUCGAAGACAUGUUUUUAGAGUUGGAGAUAAGAGCAACAGUUGAGGGUGGAAAGAAGUACUGGAUUCUGUCUGAUGAAGAAGCCGAGGCUGUGUCUCCCUACAAGUCCAGUUGGCGACCUCCAGUAACAAGGUCAAGGGCACUCGAUAUUGAGGUGACGGCUUAUGUGAUGCUAGCUUAUGUGGAGAAGAACGACACAAUAAACGGCCUGCAGAUUUUAAAAUGGUUGGUGACACAGCAAAAUUCAAGAGGAGGAUUUAUUUCAACACAGGACACAGUUGUCGCCCUUCAAGCGUUAGCGAGCCUGGCGGAACUUGUCUAUGAGGAUAGCUUUAGUUUGACCGUUACUGUAGAAUCAUCUCCUGGAUCUUUCAGUCACAUGUUCACAGUUACCAACAGCAAUGCUCUAGUGUUACAGAUCGCAGAGAUUCCGUAUGAGCAAAAUAUUCAGGAAUUGACAGUCACUGCAACCGGGACAGGAAUUUGUUUAUUGGAGGUGUCAGUGUUAUUCAACGUAGAGGAAGAGCUUCGCGUACCCGCCUUUGCCAUGAAUGUCACGUUGAGAAAUGACACAAUGGAGGGUUUCAAGCUAGAUAUUUGCUUCAGGUAA